CAUUAGACAAAAGUAUGACGAUGAAUUGCCGGCAAACAAAGCCGUUGGCCCAUGAGAAACCAAUCUCUUGACGACACGUAAAGCUAUUCGCCAUGAUAAAACUCAUCUUCUGACGGCACAUGGAGCAAAUAAAUGAUGCUGAAUUGUUGCCGUUAGCCCAUGCGAAGCCAGUCUCCUUUUGCCAUUACCUAUAUGCCAUCGUCUACAUAUAGUUCGCUGUGGAGAGUGGUAAGAUGACAAUAAUGAUGGGGAUGAAGAUGAUGAGCUCAUCGACCCAAUCCCAGUAUUAUUAUUGAGCAAUUUUAGUUCUGAGUUAUUGUUUUCAGCUCGGCCAGUAGCACCUCAUUCGGAGAGAUCUAUCUCGGUAGUGACAUAUAAACAAACGAGGAAGUCGCGCUUAAGCUUGCCUAUAUGUUCACAGCUUGUUAACGCAUCAGAAGUGAAUUCUCAAGUCAUUCUCUAUCAUAAUCUCCACCGAUCACAGUCUGAGCAGUGCAAUACCAAUGGCCGAGUCUGUUGUUUCGUUCGCGGUGGAGAAAAUAGGAAACCUGCUCAUCGACGAGGUCAAAUUCUUGAGGGGAGUGGAGGGCAAGGUCACGGACCUGCACAGCGCGCUGAGGCAGGUCCAAGCCUUGCUGAGGGAUGUGGAUGCAAGACGAGAGCGCAAAAAAGCUGUGGAAGAAUGUGUCGCACAACUCCGAGACUUUGCCUAUGAUGCUGAGGACGUCAUCGAGAGAUACUACCUCAAAGCGGCGCUGACGGAGGGACAAAACAUCAUCAAGGCGUAUGCUUGCUUCAUGGCGAAGUGCUCGUGCGUGCAGGUUCAUGAAGCGGGGACAGAGAUCGAGGGCUUAAAAUCCAGAAUUUCUGAAAUUGGUGAUAAGAUGCAGAAAUAUGGCAUACAGCCUCUGCAUGAGAGCGAAUGCGAAACCGCGAGAGCUUCGACGCCAGAACGGACUUAUGCCCAUUUCGAGGAGGAAGAUUUUGUCGGGAGGGAAGAUCAUAUCAAGGUGUUGGUGAACGAGCUGUUGAGGGAUGGAGAACAACAGAGAAUUAUUUCCAUUUGUGGAAUGGGUGGUUUGGGUAAAACCACUCUUGCUAAGAAAGUCUUUGCUCAUGACAAAGUGAAGAAGCAUUUCGAUGGUUUUGCUUGGGCUUGCAUAUCUCAAGAGUACCGUGUGAGGGAUAUCUUGGAGGGAAUUCUUGUUAAGUUGAACCAUAAUCAAAGAGAAGGGUUACGAAGAUGAAAGAUGACGAAUUGUUUGAAACUUUAUACAUGACCCAAAAAACAGAAGAGAUGUAUUGUGGUUCUUGACGAUAUUUGGACCGAAGAGGCAUGGGUUGGUCUUAGAAACGCAUUCCCGACCAACGACACGAGAAGCAAGCUAUUGAUAACAACCCGCAAUAGAGAAGUAGCUCAGCAUAUCGAUCCUCAUUGUUUUCUCAAUGAACCUCAGUGCUUAUCACCAGAGGAGAGCUGGAAUCUGCUAAAGAAGAAGGUAUUCCCUCAAACAAAAGGAUUAGUUGUUGAAAUUUCUUCGAUGG